GGAGGCUUUAUCCCCUGAUCUGACGUUUAUCCCUGGAUACGCCCCAGUAAGAUGCUGUCUGCUUUUUAACGUGUGUGGGCGGAGGGGUUGGUGGGUCGGCCGUGUGUUGUCCUGUCGAUGUUGUUUAGUUGUUGCUCUAAAAGUGACAUUUGCUUGCGUUUGUGAGGCAGCAAUGCGUUCGCCACCCGAUCGGAGGACAUGGACUGACGCACCUACUGCCGAGGAUUUGACAGCUGCUGCUACCUCAAGAUCCUGAGGCCAGUCUGAGCUCUGCGAUGGCCGUCGUCGCCGUACUGAAGUGGAACCCCACACUGACGCUCCUCCUGUAUCUACGUGGAGUCGCAGGGAUGUCAGGAUGGGGCGGUUGCUUGGACGGUCAGGACGUGCACUCCAAGGUCGCGGAAAACAGCCUCUGUGGAGAAGUGGUGGCGGACCUCAUCGGGGACCACCCCAUGGAGGGCAUUGAGUGGAGACUGCACGGGAAAGAUGCCGACUGGUUCUUCUUGGAUGGAGGAAUCGUACAUUUGAACACUUCACCGGAGAAAGUUCUCGACCGAGAGCUGCAGGGUCCAGUCCUGAUGGCGGAAUUGUCGUGCUUUGAAGACGAUGUGCUUCAGAGCGUUUCCAGGAUUGUGGUGGAGGUUCUCAAUGAGAAUGACAACUGGCCCGAGUUUGCGGAAGACACCAUCCAAUCUGUUGUCGUCAGUGAGCUGACUCCAGUCAAUACGCUGGUGUUUACCAUCCUUGCAAUUGAUGCAGACAAUGACCAGAUCAUUUACGCCAUUGACCCGUCCUCUCCUGAUGCAGAUUACUUCAAAAUUGAUCUUCCCAACAUCGGUGCUGUGAAACUUGCCAAAUCUCUGGACUAUGAGACCAAAACUCAGCUUUUUCUCACCAUUCACGCCUCGGAAAUGAACACGGCAGAGCAUUUCAACACCAGCACUGAGAUCACGGUUGACGUCCAGGACGGUGAUGACCUGUACCCUCAGUUCCUGCCAUGCACACUGCUGUUCCAGGACCUCACCAAUCGGAUAUGCACCAGUCCCGUGUACACAGUCAAUGUCACAGAAGGCAAAGAGGACUUUGUGCUGGAUUUCUCUCCCGGUCCUAUCCAUGCAGUGGACGGAGACAGAGGACUCAAAGCCACACUCAGUUACGUCAUCCUCUCAGGGGACGACCAUGGUCGAUUCCUGAUGGACCGACAGACUGCGGAGGUGAGGUUCACGCGGGCGGUGAAUGACAGACUCGCCACUCCGGCACUGCAUCUUCAAGUCAUGGCCUUUCAGGAUGACGACCCCAGAAAGUACUCUGUUGCCACGGUGCUGGUCCGCGUGCUGGCGGUGAACCAGUUUCAUCCAGUGUUUGACAAGCCUGAGUACCAAGGCUUUGUGACUGCAGGGAAGAGUCCCGCUUCUCUAGUUUAUACCUACGGCAACAGAGCGCUUAUGUUACAUGUGCAGGACCAGGACUUUAAACAUGGAUUUAAUCCGAUGAUCUACUUCACCUUCAGCCCCACGUCCAAUCACACGGGCAUCUACCAGGUCACACAGGAGGGGCUUCUCAUUGCCAGAACCAAUCAGCUCAAAGCAAGACAAAAGCACCUUCUGCACGUAAUGGCAAGAGACCGGGAGUCAGGCGACGCUGUUGUCUCUACUGUGGUGGUGGAGGUGUUAUCUGAAAGCCAGUCAAUUCCUCUGAGUGCGCUGAUAGACGACCGUGCCAUCAGCUGCACCCUUGGCAAAGCCUUGUUCCUGAGCACAGCCUUCCUGACGGUGGUCGGUUGCGCCACGGCUCUGGCUCUGUGGAUCAAGAGGAAACACAAGGGCCAUCUGGACCCACUGGAAAGAGGCUGCGUGGCCCAGGGCAAGCACCCCAAUGUGAGCCUACGGUGGUUCCAGCUGGUGAAUCCGAACAGCGGCACGCCACGGGUGGAUGAUGUGAGCUUCAGCAGUGAAGACUACGGAACCAUCAACCCUUCAUUCACCUUCACGGGAAAAGACCCUCCAUCUUGCCAAGGGCCAGUCCAACACAACAACCCGACGGCUCCCCUUGAUGCCACAUUGAGGUUGUCUGAAGCUAUGUGUACCACCAUCACCUUCAACAACAGCGUCUCCACACCCACCAAAAGCCUCUCUUGCUUGACCACCUUCCGGCCCAACUCUGUGGAAAUCAACCCCGUCGAGGCCAAAGAAUGCGAAUCCGAAAGUCCUGCACUGGAUGAAACUGUACCUUCCACAUGUCUCGACUCGCAGACAAACACCAGUGAGGACCCCGUUGAUAGCAUGGCCAGCCCUUCGCCCUCUUCUGCGAGCAUCCCUCACAGUCAGGCCCGAAUCGCUUCUGCCGAGAUAGAGAAACCUUUUGGCAAACCUUGCACGGCAUCACCUCCAAACUCUGCGAACUCUCCUCUACUGUCUUCACCGUUUGCCAAACAGACAAGCACGCCGCCACCCACACCAGAGCAGGCCCCCUUGAAGGCCACCCUUGUCAUGGUGGAUGCAUCACCUGAACCAUCGGAGCAGAGGUGGAGUGAAGAGGAGGACCAGCCUUGCACGUCGCUGGAUAUGCCUGAACAACCGGAACACCAGGAGCAGCCAGACCACCUAGGAACCUCCCAGGAUGACGACGGCUUUCUGGCCGAUGAAGACGUCGAUAAGAACAGCGGUGGCGAGUUGGAUGAGGAUGAGGAAGAGCUACUCAGGGUGAUGUCCCGGUGUCAACCCAUGUUUGUCACGUUCAGACAGUGAUGGAGGGAAGUAAUGCAGAGAGUGGAAACAGGGGACACUAGUUUAUCCCAAUAUAGUCAACCUCCAUGAUUCCAAAUUCAAACAUCAUGUAAUUGACAUUCCAAAAAUUUGUUUGUAAUUGCCAAUAGUUGAAACCAUAAAUAUACUCCAAACUAUGACGUGAAAACACUUUUAUAACAUUUCAAACUCAUCUUAUAACAUUGCUCUGAAUAAUAAUAUGGCUUAUGGUUACGCUGGUGUUUGUCACUUUUGCAAGCUGUAACAAUACUACUUACUAGAUUUACAUGUUUACAUGUAAAAAUCUGGAAUUUCAAAAUAAUGCGUCGUUUGUCGUGCUUUUCAAAGAAACUCUUUGUGUAGUGCAUGCAAAUCUUCCAAAACCCAGAUGGGUAUGAUGAUACGAAGUGUAGAUGUCAACAGAAGAAACACAAAAGCUAAGAUAGGAGAUCUGAAGAUUGUAACAGCAAGUAGACUGGUUUUGGAACUAUUAGUACAUCUAACACAAGUACAGAUACGGAGUCAGUCCAGCAGUCAUGGCAUUACAACGCCCAUUCAUUUUAUGUACUGCUUAUCCUCACACGUACUGGAGCAUAUCUAGGCUCCAUGACUCCCUGAACUGGUUGCCACCCAGUCACAGGGCAGACAUAAACAACCAACCAUUCAGUCACAUUCACACCUAUGAGCAAUUUGAAGUCUUCAAUCAACCUACCAUGCAUGUUUUUGAGAUGUGGUGGGGAAAGAAGAGUGGCUGGAGAAAACCCACAAUAAGACGGGGAGAACAAGCAAAACCGUCACCACCUACCUACCAAGAGAAACAAAUAAAAAGUACUGGUAAUGAGUUAUGAAAGGUCUCAUUGGUUAACAUUCUUACAUAAUCAUAUUAUAAAAAGUUAACCGGUUCUAAUGUAAAAUGUCAGUACAAUAAACUACUUAACUUACAUUCUGAUGGCAAUUCUUCAACACGAGUUGUUUAAAUUCCUCCAUUUGGAGUGUCACAGAAAAAUUGUAAAGCAAAACAGAAACUUCAGAGGCCAAACUGGGGUGUCGUGUGACGGCGGCCUUCGGCUUUUCAACAUCUUUUGGAAAAUAAAUGCAGCAGCCAGGAUUUAAAAAAUUUUCCCAAUGUAAUUUUAUUUUUAAGAUGUCCUCAAUCACAAAAACAGGACUUGAUCGUCAGCUCAGUUGGCAGACAAACUACACAAUGCAGUGAAAAAUAUUGAUCCUUUUCAAAUUCAUCCAUUUUUGCAGUUCCCUACUUAAAAAUAAAUGUUAAUAGAAAUCAUAUACAUAUAAGUGAAUUUAUAGUUUAUAAAUUGUGAAACAUUUAGGAGGAAAAAUACCCAAGUUACUUGGCCCUGUGUGAAAAUGCCCCCCUAAAGCUACGAAUUGGUUAGGGUAUCACAGCGAUUCGUCCAUGCCCUGAAAGAGAAAAGCAGCCCAAGACCAUCCCACCACAUUUGACUGAUAUUUUUUUUUUCUGAAAUGCUGUACUACAUUUACAGGUGUAAUUACACACUUCCCAAACAGCUCAACUUUCAUCACAUCAGCCCAUAAAUUUGCAAGUUUUGGGAAUUAAAAUGUGAGUACAACAAUUUUGGGGGGAGGUGGGAAUUAGUGGUUGUUUUCAACUUGGAAAACUGUCAUCUCAUUGUCAUGUCGUGAACUUUGAGAAUUGAAGGAAUGGAGGCCCCCAGUUGUUUGGAAGUUGUCCUGAGUUCCUUUGUGGCCUCCUGAAUGAGUCACUGCUCUCUUGGCAUAAUUUUUCUCCACUUGGCAUGCUGGAAUCUAAACGUUUACACCAAUUUCCAGACUGUCAAGGAUUUGGAUUCUCAACUAUUCUGGAAUUUCAUUGGAACAUGUUAAUUUGCUGCAGCUAUUUUUUUUCCAAAUUCAAUUUGAGUAGCCAUGCCUAAUCAAGAUUUAACAAAGGGGAUAAUUACUUUUUCCACACAGGGCCAGGUUAAGUUAGAUUUUCUUUCUUCCUUAGUUGAUAUAAUUUAAAAACAUUUUAAGUUCCCUUAGGUUAAAUUUUCCUAUUUCUUUGAUGUUAUUAAAGUGGGGAAACUAAAAGGAAUUUGAGAAGUGGGGGGGCAAUACAUUUUUCUUUGUACUGCAUUGAGUUACAAAAAAGGCUUCUGCAGAGAACUGAUUUAAAAGGGAAAAAAAAAACAUCAUAUCACGCAAAAUGAUCGAUCAACAGUGGUUCUCAAUGGUGGUUGUGGUAAGCAUAGCAAAGAUAUUUAUGGUAAAGAAAAAAGGAUUCUUUUGAGCAUUUUGGCUUGGUACGCAAAACUGAGAAAAUGCAAAAAAAAGGUGGAUGUCAUCAAAAACAAGUAAAUAUGCUGUACACACAAAAUACAUAGAAAUUGAGGCAAUGAUCACAGGACAAGAUGGGAUUCUGUUUAUAAAUUUAGAGGUCUUAAAGCAGUGGCCUUCGCCACCAGGGGGCACAGAUUGUUUCAAUUCCCCACCCCAAUUCUACUCCCUCUUUUACAAAUUUUCAGUGCCAGCACCCCCCUGAACUUAAAAAAAAAGGGGGGGGGGCACACCCCAAAACGUUUGACAUACAUUAUUUUAAAGUGAGAAAAUGAUUUAAAAUUUGCUGUCGUCCAAAUAUAUCAUUCAUGUGGACAGCCUAACAAUACAAUGUUGUUCGAUUGGGCAGGGUUAUCAUCCAGUGCAUUGCAAAAAAAUAAAAAAUAAAAUAAAAAAAAAAA